AUGGCUGCCAGACUCUGUGAAAAUGGCUCUGGUCAGUACCACAGCACCCACACCAGCCAACGUCUUGAAAUCAGCUACAUGCUGGUCCUGAUUAUGCUUGGAAAAGUCUUCCUUGAUUUCUUCAUGCUGCAAAUGAAGGCAAAACCAGUGAAAGUCAGUUUUAUGGGAUACUUCUGCGUUUCAGUGGCACUUCUCGAUUUCACACUGCUGCUGAGCCUGUGUUUCAUUUUCUGUUUUGAGGACUUCGCACUGUGGGGUGUGAGGGUCACAGAGUACCACAUCUGCCUCCUCACCCAGAUCUGCUCCCUGACCUACGGCCUUGUGCCCUUCCCAGUGUACCUGCUGGCUGCUCUGGAUUAUUACAGCACCGUCUCCCACACAUCCCAGCUCCCUACAAGAGCUCGGAAAUUCCUUUAUGGAUUUGCCGUGGUGGUUAUAUGGAUUUCUGGGUUUUUUUGCACUCUCCACGUUCCUGCUGUCUCUGAAGAGCUGGAGAUGCAGAACAGUGUUUCCCCUUCCCAGUGCCCUGUGUCUGGCAGCUGGCAGAGCUCCUCGGUGUCGUGGGCCAUGGUGCUGCUGCUGGGCACGGCUCUCCUGGCUCGCUGCAAGGAGGUGACAGCCAUGCUGCUGUCUGCCAGGCUGCUCUCCUUGUCCAGCCAGCCUGUGCUCAUGUUCCCCUACGUGCACGACAACACCACUUGCUGUAAGUGGCAGCUCCUGAGCAGGCUCCUCCUGUGUUUCCUUGGCACUUGGGCACCGUUUGUGGCUCUGCAGGUGGUGGUUGUGCUCCUGGGUGUGCAGAUCCCGGCCUACGUGGAGAUGAACGUGCCCUGGCUGUGCUUCAUCAACAGCUUCCUCCUGGCAGCAGCCUACUGGUGCCGCUGCCACGAUGUGGAGCUGACAGAGGAGGGCUGGAGCACAGACCCCUUUGUCAGCUGGAAAUUCUGCUUUAUGCCGUUCAACAAUGAAAGCACAAAGGCAGCUGAUAAGCCAGGCACAGUAAUUGUCAUCUGCUAACGAUGCUGAAAGGGCUGCAAAGAGGCAGAACUGCUGUUGGGUGGCCAGGUCCUUACAGAAAACAAGGAAACAUCUCCAGAGCUUCACUCCAUCGAGUGUGCAGCAAUACUCCAGUGAAUAUUGCACUGCAAGCACUGCCGGGCCAGGAAUGCAACUUCAAUUUACAUGUUUUAAAAAAACACUGCUUAUAUAGGACAAGUUUUCAGUCAUUUUUCGGACUAGAAUUCUACACUUCCUUUAAAUGGAAUUAUCUCAGGUUUUACAGUACAAAAUGCAAUAACGUCUUGAAGGCUGGAGUUACAUACAGAUGCUGACCUAAGGUUCAAAUGACUUCUUGAAGUGUAUUUUGUUGUUAAAAUGUGGAUUUUUGUCAGCUGGAUGGAAGGUAAGGGUUGCUGUCUGUUUAACAAGAAAUAACUUGUUUUAGUUAAAGUUAUGACUCCUACAGGAAUAGAAAUUUUUAUAGUACAAAACCAGUGCAAGAUGUGCAACUUCC